UUGUUGUAUGUUUCUGCCCGUGGUGAGAACGACAUUUUUUGUAUCGAGGGCGGAAAGUGCAACUUUCCGCCCGUGGGGACACUUUUCGCCCGCCAAUUACUUUCCGCCCUAGGGCGGGAACAAACUUUGGGCCCGGCAGGGCCACAAUGUUUCUUCCCACCCGUGGGCGGAAAGUGUGCCCUAGGGCGGAAAGCACUCCGCCCGAGGGACGAAAAAUAUUUCUUUAACCAUUUUUACGAACAUAUAGGCGUACACGAAAAAAACACGUACAAUUCUAAAUGAAAAAAAAAAAAAAAAAAAAGAAAUUACGUUCUUUAAUCUCUUAAAAAUAAUUUUUUGAAAAAAAAUCGUCAAUGCAAAGUGUCAGGUGUUAUGAGUAGCCAGCAUCAGCUCAACUUUCAACCAUUUGUAUAAAAUUCGGUAAUAUAUAUAUAGGUAACAGGGCCCGAAGCGGGGGCAUCACGAUGCUUAAUAACGGUCACUGAUUUCACCAUUUUCACUAAUUCACGAUCUCACCAAACCAAUUUAACCAAUGGAUCAAUGCGGAUUAAAAAGAGAAACGAGGACAGAAAACGUAAGCGUCGCAGCGCCUCCAGGUGUACGCGUCAUUUACUAUUUUCUAUUUGUGCAUCGUCCAAUCAUUGGCUAAAAUAUUAUGCCAAUAACCUUUAAACUUUUAAAUAUGCAAAUAAAUACAUACCUACUAAGUACAUGAGUAAAUAUACCUGUGUCUCCUCAUUUCGUGACUUCUAGUAUAGUUCUAGUGAAUAGUACCAGAUAUUAGAUAUAGUACUAAUUACCUGUACUGUUCGCUCUUCGAUCCAAAUUCGAUGUCGUGAUGUCGUGUUUCUGAGGCUGCCUUUCUACAUUUCUGCCAUUGUUAAUCUUUGCAGCGUGAGCGUACCUAUAUAUACUGUGUGUUACGGUGAUAUAUGUGUACAAGUUGAUGUUGCCAACAGGAGCAGAAUAGCAGAUGUAGUGGCUAUUAGUGCUGUUGGCUGUACAGUCACGCGUGAAAAGGAGUCCAUCACAAGACGAGGGAUAUGGUAAAAAAAAGUCUCGAGAAGCAGAAUAAGAACAGCUAAAAAGCAACUUUUGGAGAAAGAGACGAGAUAUCCAAAUAGUGUAUAAGUGUAUGCGUGCAUGCUUAAGUUCCUAGAUCACCCCGAUCGAGGAUUGUGGAGUUUGGAGAGAGGACUGUUCACUGGAGUGAUUGAAUUUUAAGUGUCUAACGUGCCCUCCGCCAUAUCGUUUCAUUAUACGUUUCAUACAUACUUAUUCCAAGCACACAGAAAAAACCAAAUAAGUGUGCCGUACAAGUAACAAAAGCUUCCAUCAAUAACAUGGGCCGCUACAGGAGCCGUAGCCGUGACAGAGACAGGAGAAGGAGAUCUCGCAGUCGCUCCCGCAGCCGAUCACCUAGAGAUAGACGAGGCUGGGGUGGCGGUCACAGGGACAGAGGUGGUGGCGGUAGAAGUGGUAGAGGUCAACCAGGAGCUAAUUUGAAAAAACCAAGAUGGGAUAUGAACCGACUAGAGCCAUUUAAGAAAGAUUUUUACGUACCUUGCGAUUCGGUACAAAACAGAGAUCCUCGAAUCGUCGAGCAAUACAGGAGUGAAAAGGAGAUCACACUUAGGGGAAAGGGCAUUCCAAAUCCAGUUUUUACCUUUGAAGAGGCUGGCUUUCCAGAAUACGUUAUGAGAGAAAUCAAACGGCAAAGUUUCAAAGAGCCUACAUCUAUUCAAGCGCAAGGAUGGCCGAUUGCCCUAAGUGGAAGAGAUAUGGUCGGAAUAGCCUCCACUGGCUCAGGAAAAACCCUUUCAUACAUCUUACCAGCAAUUGUACAUAUCAAUAGUCAGCCUAAGCUUCUUCGUAAAGAUGGACCAAUUGCCUUGGUGCUUGCUCCAACACGAGAACUUGCUCAGCAAAUUCAGCAAGUUGCUGAUGAUUUUGGACAUUCCUCAGGAAUCAGAAACACGUGUCUUUAUGGUGGUGCUCCAAAGGGUUCCCAAGCUAGAGAUUUGGACGGCGGGGUAGAAAUUGUGAUAGCAACUCCUGGUCGAUUGUUAGAUUUUCUUGAGUCAGGCAGAACAAACUUGAAAAGGUGUACUUAUUUGGUAUUGGAUGAAGCAGACAGAAUGCUGGACAUGGGUUUUGAACCUCAAAUUAGAAAAAUUAUUGAACAAAUAAGACCAGAUAGACAAACCUUGAUGUGGUCUGCAACAUGGCCUAAGGAGGUUAAAAACUUGGCUGAAGAGUUUUUAAAAGAUUAUGCUCAAAUUAAUGUUGGUUCUCUACAGUUAUCUGCGAACCAUAAUAUUCUUCAAAUCAUUGAUGUUUGUCAGGAGUAUGAAAAAGAAAUCAAGCUAAGUACACUCCUAAAAGAAAUCAUGGCGGAAAAAGAAAACAAAACUAUUGUAUUUAUCGAGACGAAACGAAGGGUUGACGAAAUUACCAGGAAAAUGAAGCGAGAUGGUUGGCCUGCUGUAUGUAUUCACGGGGACAAGACUCAACAAGAAAGAGACUGGGUUUUACAAGAUUUCAGGUCUGGUAAGGCUCCUAUACUUGUCGCCACUGAUGUAGCAGCCAGAGGAUUAGAUGUUGAAGAUGUAAAAUUUGUUAUUAACUUCGAUUAUCCAUCAUGCUCGGAGGACUACGUACAUCGGAUUGGGCGAACUGGACGCCGACAAAAAACUGGAACUGCUUACACAUUUUUCACCCCAAGCAACGCUGGCAAAGCGAACGACCUGGUGCAAGUGCUAAAGGAAGCCAAUCAAGUGAUCAAUCCUAAGCUCUUAGAACUAGCUGACCGAGGUGGUGGUUACGGCCGGCACAGGGGAGGAAGAAAUCGAUGGCGAUCGAAAAUUGCUCGGCGCGAAAGAGAUCGCAGUUUAUCCAGAAGCAGAAGUCGUAGUUUAAGCAGGGAACGAAAUGGCAAAGGACGAAGAAGCUACAGCCGCAGUUAUUCGCGAAGUCGAAGUUACAGUAGAAGUCGAAGUCGUAGUCCUCUGAAUAACCGUUCAGGCAAACAUUAAAUAAUGUUAAAAAGACGAUUUGGUUUUUUUUUUCUAUUGUUAUCAGCAGUUGCUACAUGAAAUAAGUAAUAUGCUGUCAAAUAUAGGAAAAAAGAGAAACAAUUAUUCUAAUAGAGGCAGAAGUUCGCUUUUGCUCAAAUUGUGGAUUAGAUAAACAUUCAUUAAUACAUCAUUGUUUUUUGUGAACGUGAUAAUCGUCAUUGUAAUCAUUAACGUCAUAAUCAUAAUUAAUCUUAGUCUUUUAGCAGUCAUUUUGCCAAGGACUUGAAUUAUUCACUGCUUCUGUUUGUAAGCAUGUCUUUAUUUUAAAACUGUAAAACAUAUUAUAAUUACAUUACAUGUAGAAAUGUACAUUAAUUUUUAGCGCAAUCAUAACAUAAUAGAAAAUUCAUUUCUACAUGACAUGCAUAUUUAUUUUUUGCUAUAAUUAGGUUGUGGGAAUCAUUGUACAGUACCGUAAGAAAAGCACAGACCAUAAAUACAAUUUAUCACUUAUACACAUUGUAAAAAAUACAGCGUCUUAUUAUUUACGACCCCAUAAAAAAAUUCCAUUUAAUUUUUUUCACACGUUACAACUGUUUAACUUUAUAUUUUUCGAAUUCUUCAAAAUUAAUGAUCAAACGAUGUUACAAAUUUUAUGUUUCGCGAUAAACGACGACAUAAAUUACAUCACGAUUUCUGAAGGCAAUUUUCGUCAUUAAUGGCUUUUAGUUUGACACAAUUAAUACUUUCUUCUUAGAGCCCUUCUUUAAAUAAUAAUUUAUUCAUUUCAAUCAUAACGUUGAAUAGAAAAAUCAAGAAGAAUGUUGGUGACAAUUAUCUGUUUCAGACAUCCAGUCUGCAACUUUUUAAAUUCGUCACCUUAUACGUUCUCGUUUCCAAUUGACAA